AUGCACUUCCAACUCCUCACAGCACUCACCCUCCUCUCCAUCACCACCGCCCUUCCCUCCCAAUCAACACCUCAAGGCCCACCCCAAGCAGGACUUGGUCACCCUCCCUCUUUCACACUCCCAGACGCCGAAGCAGUUCCCGCACUACCAGUCCCAGGCGGUAAACCCGUCUACAACCCAGCUCAAAAUAAGCGAGGCCUUGCAUUUAAUGAUGUGAAAUAUAUUCAAAGUUUCUGGGGCGCCGGCACUAAGGUAAACUGGAUGUACAAUUGGGACUCCCGGAUUCCUACUGGAGCACCAUAUGUCCAGUUUGUUCCUAUGCUUUGGGGUGAUGGACCAGCUCACACCACAAACUGGUUCGGCAACGCCCAAGACUCCAUAAACCGCGGCGCCAACAACAUCCUCGGCUUCAACGAACCGGACCAAUGUUUCAACAGCGGGCAAUCCUGCAUCGGGCCCGAGCAAGCCGCGAACUCGUACCGCAAGUACAUCCAACCUUUCGGCAACCAAGCGUGGCUCGGGUCCCCAGCCAUCACGAACUCGGCGGAUGGCACGCGAUGGAUCACUGCGUUCUUGAAUAACUAUUGCAGGGAUUGCCAGGUGGACUUUGUGAAUAUGCAUUGGUAUGGCGGGACGAAUGCGCAGGAGUUUAUUGGGUGGGUGCAGAUGGUUAAGGGGUUGAUUGGGGGGCGGAGGAUUUGGAUUACGGAGUUCAACGGCGGUGCUUUCACAGGCGCAACUGAAACUCAACAAAUCCAAUUCAUGAAAGAAGUUCUGCCUUGGUUGGAUCGAACUGAUUAUGUUGAGCGAUAUGCUUGGCAUAUGGUUGAUCCUGCUCCGACUUGGACGCAUGGAUCGCUGAGUAAUCUGAAUGGACAGCCUUCAUUGCUGGGUUGGAAUUAUGCUUAUAAUAUUCCUCGCGGAUAG